CCAUAAAGGUACUGACUAAUAGGGUUACGUAAUAAGAUUACAUUAUACCGGUAUAGCUGUAUUACCCUCUUAAAGGAUUAUCCACUGUGAUUUCAACUUGGCUUAUGAUAAUGACGCAUGGAUGUGACUGGCAGAGUAUCAAGCAUUACAAACUUUCCGGAGUGGCCCUGCUACACUUGUUAACAGCUACAGUAGUGGACUAACUUGGUUGUGUAGGUCCAGUUGAUAGCCAGAACCUGUGGAAACAUGGAGUAUUUAAACAAGCAUGCCCUUUACUUCGUCCCAGUUCGUAGGACUGGUUCUGUGCUGGUAGUAGCUCCUCCAGUACUUUGACGGCAUGAUCGUUUGGAGUGAGGACCUCAUCACCCGUCAUCGGUUCUAAAGCUCAUGUAACUGUAAAUCAAGGUCAUCGGCUUUUACCAUCGGCCAUUACUAUGUGCACACAGACGAUUGAGGGACUAAUAUUAUGUAGACAGACCUACAGCAGUUGAUGACUGCGACACCUCAGCUCCUGGCAGCAGCAGGUUCAGAACGCAGUGUGCUGUCUUGAAAGUCAAGGAGGUCAGCCAUACACAUGCGCCACAUCGACCACUCCCCAUCCAACUCGAAGAGUCGGGUUACCAACAAUGCACCUCCUCUUGAAGAAACAUGCAUCCGAUCAGCGAAACAUGCCUCCUACAGACGAAAAAAAAAUCAUCGAAUUUUGCCACGAUUCACCCCCCAUAAUUAUGGUGGACAACUUCCACAGAUGUUGCGGUCUACUAUUCCAUGUGUCCAGAUGGGAGUGGGUAAUAGAGAUCAUGUGGUGGUGUAUGAUGGACACAGUGAGGGACUGAUGGCCUCUGCUAGAGUCUGGUGGAUGUUCAGAUUGUUUGGUCACGAGAGAGUGUCGGUGCUGGAUGGGGGUCUGAGGAGGUGGAAAUUUCACUGGUUCCCCACAGUCUCAGGGGAACCCCACACACCAGAGGCCACUAAUUUCACUGCAUCUUUCAACCCUCACUUGCUCAGGAAUUAUGAGCAGAUGUUGGAUAACCACACAUCUCGUCACAAACAGGUUGUAGAUGCACGUAGCAGUGCCAGGUUCAAAGGUGAGGUCCCGGAGCCCCGCCCCUCUCUGCCCAGUGGAGGGAUGAAGGGAGCAGUCAACCUCCACUACAGCAGACUACUGCAUGCUCAGUGGGGUACUGUCAAGACCAGGAGCCUUCUGGCCUCAGAGUUCCAGAGGUCAGGAGUGGACUUAACCCAGCCAGUGGUUGCCACAUGUGGUAGUGGUGUCACUGCAGCUAUCAUUGCUCUAGCUGCACACUCUCUCAACACCACCAUCCCUCUCUAUGAUGGGUCAUGGAGUGAGUGGAGACAGAGAGCUCCUCUCCAGACAGUGACAACUGGAGUUACUCAACUACCAAACAACACUCCAUCCUAGUUACUAGUUACAAUGUACCAUCCUCCUUACAUUAUGCUUGUCACUGUAACAAUAAAAUAAUGGUGUAUUUUGACAAGUGUACAAUGAUUCACCAGUCACCAUCUAAAUUGAUAAUUUUUGUACCGUGAAUAUUGCAGUGUGGCAGGGGAGGUUUUGUAGCAGUUCUAUGCAUUAAUAAUGUUCUGUGCUAUCAUCACACAAACAAAAUCUGUAAAGUAAAGUUAUGUUUAUAAUUAUGCGUCCAUAAAAGGAUAUUGUGUACUUAUGUAGUUGUAACUGUGGCUAGUUGAUUACUUUGGCUUGUGUUGCAGUAUAUACUGUACCACAUCAUUGUGGUUGUUGGCUCUGGCCAGACUCAGAGCAGUGUCUCCAAACUGUAGAGAGAGACAGAGACACAAUCGCUAUAUUGUUGCCUGUGGUGACCUACUCUUAUAGGGAAUGUGGAAUUAUAUAGCUAAGGGCUAAAGGUUACUAAAAGCAAGCAUUCUUUCACCGUGUCCCUUGCAGUAGAUGCUGUACCACAUCAUUCUGGUUGUUGGCUCUGGCCAGGCUGAGAGCAGUGUUUCCAAACUGUAGAGAGAGACA